UCAUUUUCCCCCGUCUCGGCCACCAACUUACUUCCUUAUGCUCCCUUGGGUUUCUUCUUUCUACCCCGUACUUUUCUGAUCCUAGGUUCUUCGGCUUCAUGUUCUCGCUAUCCUAAAGUUGAUCUACCUCUCAUCUCUCUUGGACUUUCGAGCCCGUCGGUUCACCGCUAGUCAUGGCUGUGACCGCUGCGUCCAGCGCCCGGAGGGACACCAUUCUGUCUCGACGCUAUAUUGAGGGCCAAAUUGCGGAGGGAAAGCAUCUCAUCAUCUUCGAGGAUCGGGUCCUCAAGGUCGACAGUUGGAUCCCCUUCCAUCCCGCAGGAGAUAAACCCAUCAAGCACAUGGUUGGCAGGGACGCGACGGACGAAAUCAAUGCACUACAUUCGAAAGAAGCCCUCCAGCGCAUGCGCGCUUUCCAGAUAGGUCGUAUAGAGGGACCAUGGUCAAAUUUUCUUCCUCCAAUCCAGGGCGGGAAGUUCCGUCCCUACACCACGGAGGCCUGUGAGAGCGAGGAGGACAACACCUCUAGUCAGGAAAGCUCCCAGCCCCCCUCCCCCGUUUUCGAUGCGGUUGAUGCUGCCUCGAGCAUUCGUCGCCGAAAAUCCGUCUCGUCCGAAAGCUCCGUCUUGACACCGCCCACCGAAAGUGACGAGCCAACGCCGUAUUUCCUGGACGCGCGUACCCAGGAGGAGAUUGUCCUUGACAUUACCAAAUACCCGUGCCUCGAAAAGGAGACACAGCAGAAUAUCAGACAGAAAUAUCGCGAGUUAAAUGACCGUAUAAUUGCGGAGGGUCUAUACAAAUGCAACUACUGGGCCUACUUCAUUGAGUGCUGCCGAUACGUCUCGUUUGCUGCUCUGUCGUACUGGUUCCUCAGGCUGGGAUGGUACGGAACAUCGGCCUUCUUUCUCGGGUGCUUCUGGCACCAGCUUGUCUUUACAGCCCACGAUGCGGGCCAUAUGGGAAUCACCCACAAUUACCAUUUCGAUACCGUUAUUGGCAUUAUUAUCGCCGAUUACCUCGGAGGUCUAAGUCUGGGAUGGUGGAAACGAAGCCACAAUGUUCAUCACAUUGUGACAAAUGAACCGGAGCAUGACCCGGAUAUCGAGCAUAUGCCCUUCUUUGCUAUCUCGCACCGUUUCCUUUUGAACCUCCGAAGCACGUACUACGAUCGGAUCAUGUGCUUCGACGCCUUUGCCCAGUUCAUGCUGAAAUACCAACACUACCUUUACUACCCAAUCCUCAUGUUAGGCCGAUUUAACCUGUACCGUCUGAGCUGGGAAUAUUUGUUUCUUGGCCAGGCACCGAAGAAGGGACCCGCUUGGUGGCACCUGUGGUUCGAAGUUGCGGGACAGGUCUUCUUCUGGGUGUGGUUUGGUUAUGGAGUGAUGUAUUGUUCGAUUCCCACCUGGAGCGGCCGUUUGAUCUUUCUCUUCGUCUCCCAUGUGGUCCCGUCUCCACUGCAUGUGCAAAUUACGCUCUCCCACUUUGCCAUGUCGACCGCGGAUCUGGGAGUCCAGGAGUCAUUUCCCCAAAAGAUGCUCCGCACCACUAUGGAUGUCGACUGUCCGACGUGGCUUGAUUGGUUUCAUGGCGGUCUCCAGUUUCAAGCCAUCCACCACCUCUACCCGCGCAUUCCGCGCCAUAACCUGCGUCGCACCCAGAGAUUGGUGUUGGAAUUCUGCCGCGAGACCGGCAUCCCCUAUGCUUUGUUCACGUUUUACGACGGCAAUAAAGUGGUUAUCGGUAAGCUUGGGGAGAUUGCAAAGCAGGUCCGCAUUUUAGAAGAGUGCCGAAAGUCCUACACGCAGCAUGAUGUUUUUUCAGGCCACCACCAUUAGAUGAAGGCC